GAAAUAUGCAGCCUUGCAGACAGCUCGGCCGCUUUUCUUUUGUGUCGUAUCAGCAGAUCUGCAGGGAUUCCUAGCGGCUGACGCAAACAUGUGGUGGCCGUUGAGUCGAGGCUUGGAGGACGGCGGAGGACGAGGAGGGACGAAGCAUCCGUUUUUGGCAAGUGCUGCGAGUUUGCUUUCUUUGUCUUGUUUUCAUUCUUUGUCCCACAACAACUCUCUGACCACCACCACCACCAUCACCAGUUUCCGCAAAUCCCCCCCCCUCCCCCUACGCGACAGAGGUACGUCGAUCCGUGGUCUAGAGACCGAGCAGAAUACAUGCACAUGGCUCGCAAUACGCUUACGGUGGUGCGGUCUGCAGAGAAAUACGAGGUGGCAUCCACUGGGGCGAAGAGCGAUUAAUAGACGACAAAGCCAUCUCGCGGGGCAGACGAUUAAUCUAUCCCCGAGGGCGAUAGGGGGGGAAGGAUGUGGUGAGAUGCUGUGCUUGCGGCUCAAGAAGCUGACUUGAGGGAUGCAUUUGCAAUAAUUCGCUGACUUAAGACCGUCAGCGCUAGCGGGGGUUUCUCAUCAUGGCUGCAGGCCAAGACGUUGUCGCGACCCAAAAAUUCCGAAUGGGACCAGCUCUUUUAGGACCCUGGUCCACAGACUCGGCUUUGUUUGGUGACUCGGUACGUACAUGGUGCCAUGGUGGCAUACGUGCGGUGCAGGGACCUAAGAUAGGUUGCGGUAAGCCUCGUGCAAUC